AUGGGGUGCCCCGCCAGGAGGAGGGGGUGCCCCGUGGGUGACGGUGGUGAUGUCCCCCCGGUGCAGGUGGUGCUGUCGCGGCAAUACGGCUCCGAAGGACGCUUCACCUUCACCUCCCACACGCCGGGCGAGCACCAGAUCUGCCUUCACUCCAACUCUACCCGCAUGGCGCUCUUCGCCGGCGGCAAACUGCGGGUGCACCUGGACAUCCAGGUGGGUGAACACACCAACAACUACCCCGAAAUCGCCGCCAAUGACAAGCUGACAGAGCUGCAGCUCCGUGCCCGCCAGCUCCUCGACCAAGUGGAGCAGAUCCAGAAGGAGCAGAACUACCAGCGGUACCGGGAGGAGCGUUUCCGCAUGACGAGCGAGAGCACCAACCAGCGGGUGCUGUGGUGGUCCAUUGCCCAAACCAUCAUCCUCAUCCUCACCGGCAUCUGGCAGAUGAGGCACCUCAAGAGCUUCUUCGAGGCCAAAAAGCUGGUGUAGCCCCCCCAUAUCCUCCCACACCCUGGGGGG